AUGUCACAUUAUCGGUUUAGAUGUUCAGAACUUUCUCAUGAAAUCGCUCAAUUUUUUUCGCAUCGUCAAAUUUCUUCAUCUAUGUCCUCAUCUAGUUUGAAACCCAUUACAUCAGAUCUUAACCUGAAAUCAGUGCUGGCAAAAUGUCUCAUAUCAAGGUGGGCUUCAAAGCCAGACAAGCUUAUCAAUCUCCUAUAUUGUCUCAAAUUUUUAUGCAACGUUGGGAGACAUUUUUACAGAGGUCCUAAAUCAAAUUUGUGGAAAUUGAGUUCUUUUGGAGACUCAAGGAGAACUUUUGGGUGCAGAAUUGGUUCAAAUGUGCGGUGUGAAAAAACCGCUCCUCACCAGUUGAAGGCCAUUUUUGAAUUCGCUGAUCGACUAUCGAGAGGCAUUUUGAGUGAUCUUCAGACAUCCAUGGGCACUACGUUCGAAUCAGAGUUAAAUAACCCUUGUACAGCUCCUUGUACUUGUAAGGCUACUCGUCGUCGCUAUUAUACUAGUGCCGCGCCAGAAAUAGAAAAUGCGGCUGAACGUCUGGAGCAGAGCAUUAUGCGUGAGGCCCUAAUCUUUCUUCAUCGUUUGUGGCAUUUCCAAAAUCAUCGAGAUCAUUAUGGGAACUCCCUCAAUACGCUCUCCUCACAGCAAAGUCAAUCAAACUCCAAAUUGCUCACCAAAUUCUCUAACGAUAUUGCAUCUCAAAUCAUGAAAGAGACGUCAUGUCGAAUUGAUUAA